AUGCCUGUCGUCAAAGGUGGAGUUUGGACUAAUAUCGAAGAUGAGAUUCUUAAAGCAAGUGUUUCGAAAUAUGGGUUAAAUCAAUGGGCUCGAGUUUCCUCACUUCUGGCAAGAAAGACCCCGAAGCAAUGCAAAGCAAGAUGGGGUGAAUGGCUGGAUCCAGGUAUUCGCAAAAUCGAAUGGAGCAAGGAAGAGGACGAAAAGUUAUUACAUCUGGCGAAAUUGAUGCCAACACAAUGGCGAACUAUUGCUCCUAUUGUUGGAAGAACAGCAACCCAGUGCCUGGAAAGAUAUCAAAAAUUACUCGAUGAAGCGGAACAAAAAGAAGCCACAGAGUUUGGACUCGGUGGACCUGAUGGUGGAGAGACAAAAGCACCAUCUGCGGAUGAUGUACGACGAUUGCGACCCGGUGAAGUCGACCCAGAUCCAGAGUCGAAACCUGCCAGACCAGAUACCGUUGAUUUAGAUGAGGACGAAAAGGAAAUGUUGAGCGAAGCUCGUGCUCGUUUAGCAAAUACACAGGGUAAAAAAGCGAAGAGAAAGGCUCGUGAACGCCAGUUGGAGGAGUCGAGGAGGUUGGCCGUAUUACAGAAGCGCAGAGAGCUUAAAAAUGCUGGCAUUAAUAUCAAAGUCGUCAAUCGAAAGAAGGGAAUGAUGGAUUAUAAUGCCGACAUACCUUUCGAAAAGGCGCCCGCUCCUGGAUUUUACGAUACUGGGGACGAGUCCAUUCAGAAUGAAAAGCAGAGAGCAGCUUUCGAUCCACGAAAACAACAACUCGCAAUCAAGCGCAAAGGGGAACAAAAUGAUAACCAGGACCCAAAACGACAGAAGAAUGACAAAAACGCUCCAUCGGCAUCAUAUCAAGCAGCCAUGAAAGCUGGACAGAUGCAAAAGAUUCGAGAGGCGGAACAAAGUAGUAAGAGACGGGCAUUAGUAUUACCGGCACCUCAGGUUGGUGAAGGGGAGCUUGAGGAAAUUGUAAAGAUGGGUAUGAUUGGGGAGAGGGCGAACAUAAUUGCGAGAUCCAGCGAAAACGAUGCAACGAGAGGACUUGUUAAUACAUAUUCUACUAUUAAUAGUGGAGCACCAAUUCGAACACCGCGAGCACCAGCACAAGAGGACCAUAUCGCCAACGAAAUCAGAAAUAUCAAAGCCCUUACCGAGACACAAUCAUCCCUACUAGGAGGAGAAAAUACGCCUUUACAUGAAGGAUCUGGCAGCACAGGAUUUGAUGGCGUUACUCCUCGAAGACAACAAAUGGAAACGCCUAACCCUAUGGCUACUCCUUUCCGGGUGAACGGUAUUGGCGCAACUCCUGCUAGAGACGGCGUAGGAGCCACACCUAUGCGAACUCCUCGAGAUAGUUUCGCAUUAAACGCAGAUGGGGAAAUGGAAUUGGUUAGGAGAACACCUCAAGAUCACAAAUUGAGGGAUAUAACCCUUAAAAAUUCAUUGAAAGCUGGCCUUGCAUCUUUACCAAAACCAAAGGAUAUCGAGUGGGAGUUAGAACUACCUGAAGAGCAACGAGAAAACUUUGGUGUUCAAGAGUUAUCCGAGGAGGACGCAGAGCUCAGGGACAGGAAAGAACGCCAAAUCCGAGAAGCUCAAGAACAAUUAGAAUUCAAGAGACGGACACAAGUCUUGCAAAAAGGGUUGCCUCGUCCAUCGGUCAUCGACGUCAACGCAUUGAUGAAAACUGUGAUGAAUAUUGAAGACACAAUUGAGGGCUCCAUCGAAAGAGAAGCAGCUUUAUUGAUUGCGAAUGAUGCUGUCAAAUAUUCCACGGCUGGAGCUAAGAUCAAGGGUACUCCAAAAACAAUCGAGGUGUUUGAGGAUGAUGCUCUUUCACAAGCUAGAUUGCAGCUGUUGAUGGAAAUUCCAAAGGAUUUGGUCGAACAAGGCUCGGAUGCUUUCCGAACGGCAUGGGAUGACGCUCAUAAAUCUUCGUUAUUACCUGGAUUGAGUGGAUAUGAUUCCGAUGAUGAAAUCGAUGAGCAUCAGAUGCUUCUAGAUGCUUUUGAAGUAAGUUUCAAGUUUUCAGCCAUGUUUAUACAACAACUAAUCAAAAAUCAGAAUGUUCAAGAAUCUAUCUUCGCCGCCGCCGAAAAAGGAAACAAAUCCGAAAAGAAGCUCGCCCUCCAUCUAGGUGGUUAUCAACAAAGAGCUAAAUUGUUACGUCAAAAAAUCGGUGAAGCAGCCGAUGCCCUGUCGAAAGCUAGUUAUUCUUUAGAUGCGUUCAAAACAUUACAGAUAUCAGAAGAUGUAGCGAUAUCGAGGAGGUUAGAAGAUUUGAGGGAGAGAGUGGGAUUCGUUAGUAAGAGGGAAAGAGAAGCCCAGGAACUGUAUAGGCAGAGGAAGGAGGAGUUGGUGGAUUUGUCGGAUGAAGUGAAUGGAUUUCAUUGA